CUCAUCACGAGGUCCAUCAUAAGGAAGUCCCGGGGAUCUGAUUAAAAUCAAAGUAAAACUACUUGAUCUGCAGUUUUAAUCGAUUUUCCUCGUUUAUUCUAUUGUAAUCAUAAUAGCUUUGGAUACAAAUUAUUCCAAAAUGUCGUCCGAAGAGUUUGAGAAGCUACACGAGAUGUACAGAUCUUUGUACGACGAGUUAAAGCUGCUACCAGAGAGAGCUCUCAAAUGCCAAGGAGAGGAGAGGAAGAGGCUGGUCAGAGUCUUUGAUGAGAGGCAAGGGGAGGCUGAGGAAGUGUUACAAGGUAUGGAGGAUGAGCUGCGUGGGGCCCCUCCAUCGUUUCGAAAUGCCAUGAACACGAAGAUCCGUAUUUAUCGGCGAGAUCUGGCCAAACUACAGAGAGAGAUGAAGAACAACUCCUCCCAUCUGACAUCAGAAGGAAGCAACUAUGGCAUCUACUCCUCACAAAACCAGCAAAGUACACACUUACAGUCCCAGAGAGCAUUGCUCCUGCAGGGAACUGAGUCUCUCAAUAAUGCUACUCAAAGCAUCGAACGCAGCCAACGCAUCGCUGUGGAAACAGAGCAGAUCGGCACUGACAUCAUUGAGGAGCUGGGGGAGCAGAGAGAACAGCUGGACCGAACAAGGGAUAGACUUGUAAAUACAGGAGAAAACCUUACACGAAGUAGGAAAAUUCUGCGUAACAUGGCACGACGGCUUGUGACGAACAAGUUGCUGUUGGGCAUUAUUAUUCUGAUGGAACUGGCCAUUUUGGGUGGUGUUGUAUACCUCAAGUUUUUCAAAAAAUAGGACUUUCUUGGCAGAAAAGAUGGACCUUGAGUCUUUCGUGACUCUGCAGUAGCAAUAAUACUGUUUUAUUUCUUACAUGAGGACAGUGAAAUGGUUUCGGAUGGUUGGAUUAACGUCCAGACAAAAGAACAGACUGGUGAAGCAUGUGAGCUAUCCAAAACGUGAAUAUUAAAUGCACACUGUUUAUGAUGAUAAUGAAAACCUUUGAAGGAAUUUUUGGGACAUUUUUAAUUUUCAAGAGAUUACUGAUUUUGCUGUCACUCUUUCUCUCAUGGUGGAUGGAUGCUGCAGUGCUGGUGUCUUUUUUAUUACCCUAUUGUACUGUGGUGUUAUGAGUGAAUGAUGAUGUAAUGCCACAAACACUGGGUCUAGUUUUGAAGCAUAUGUUAAGAUGAUCGUUUGAAUCAAAACAUGUCAGAAAUAUGAUUGUGAAUAACCAAUGGAAACUAAUAAUACAAACUGCAGUGUUUUUAUUUAUGACCAGGCAGCAGUUAGUGUGUGGCAAUAACUAUUGGGAGAAGGUAAAGCUAGACUCCACACCUUUUCAUAAUUUAAGCUCUGAAAAUGUAACCUCUAGAAAACAUUUAAACAUUACUUUUUAUUGCAACAAAUUCAAGUUCAAGAUGCACUAUAUAAUUUUUCUGCUGGAGAGUCUGCCAUCUGGUUGUGAUCAUGGAGGUGCUUUGCUUGGAAUACUCCACAGUAUGGGAUUACACUUGCAUUCAUUCAAUUGCAGGUGCUGUAUUACCUGAUUGUAAAAAUGCCUUAAAAACAUUAUUAUAUGUUAGUGGGAGUGGGCGCACCUCUUCACAGAUCUGAACUGUAACUUGGCAUUCUGACAUCACAGCUUGUCUCAGUGGUAAUGUUUUUUUGCCAUACUGUGGAACAUUCCUGAUAAAGCAAUAACAUUCUCCAUGGAGACAAGCACUUGGCAGAUCCCCCACCAGAAAAGUUACAUAAUGCAUCUUUUAAUAUGAAAUCUGAUUAUUGUACAUGGGGCUGUAUUUUGCACAGCUGGUCAUACUGGUAUAUCUGAUUUGUUUAUUUAUCUACUGUAAAAUCCAUAAAGCAUUGUUACAGACUAUUUUGCCUUUGUGCAAUGAUUAAAUCUUAAUUAUUUAACUCCAAUGUUCUUGGUGUCUAUAUAUAAUUAGAAAGAGGCCCCAAAAGCCAAAGAGACUAAAGUUGACAAAAACUUUCUGAGCGGAGCUGAUGUCACAGAGGGCCAAGUUAGUGCUGAACAAACAACAUGUGUUACUAUGGCUAUAAUUCUCAAAUAAAAGGCGAUAAAUUUG